UUUGAACAAUACGGCGCAAAGGAAGCGUGAUUGUCCUACUGGUGGCAUGGAAAAAGAAGUUAUUAGAGCGGACCUCACACGCGCCUUUCCAUGGAACCUGGAUUCUAGAACUCCAAACAUUCGGAAGCAUGUGCAGAAUUGCAAUACAGAUGGCAGGGAAAAAGAAAAAGCGAUUGAAGCGCUCGAUGAGGAUAAUUCCGAACUGGAGAGUAAAUGUACCGAUCGAUGGAAGCUGGAUUCUAGAACUUUAAACAGCCAGGAGCAAGAAGAAAACGUGAUUGAAAGCUCAAUGAGCAGUGAGCUCAGUGAACUUAGUGUGCGAAGUGACGAUGAUGCUGGUGACAUGAGCCUUGAUCAGCUGGAGCACAAACACCAGGAAGUGUUUGAUUGGGUGUGUCUCAAGCUUGACAAUGGAAGACGGUGGUUCAGGCGAGACUACGAACGGCUUGCUUGCAAAUACAAGAAGAUUACACCGGAACAACGCUUGGACUUACAUGAUGAGCUCCAAAACGAAGGAAAUCCUUCCAAACUGUUAAUGAGCCUGCUCCAGACAAAAUACCGAUUCCUUCCCCUGAGUCAAUUUGUUAAGACAUUGAAAGAAAUUGGACGGAAAGACAUCGCUCAGAAACUAACGCCAUAUGUAACGCACAACACCAGUAACUAACUUGUUCAUUAAACCGUGAGCUCCAUGUUGCGAAGACAAAAGAGUAAACGAGUCUAUUGACAAUGGAAAAUGGCAGUACAUGCAGCAUAAUCCAGCAAAGCCACCUGAAGCAUCUCAAACGCGUAAGGGAUUCAAUUAAGGAGGCUCGAAAGGGUUCUUUGACCGCGCGAAGAACAGUUCCCAAUGUACACGCAAGCAAAUUACCCGCGAGAAAAUCGCGCAAUAUCGCGCGCGAUAGCAUGCGUGUGCGAGUUGUAAACAAACAUGGCCGCCUCGAGCAACUUAAAAAUGCCGGGUCCCUUUUCUGUUUUCGAUGAAAGUGUUGUUUAUAGAAGAAAAAAUGGGAAAUUUCCAUCUCAGAAACAGUCAGAAAAGAGCUCAAGUGGCACAAAGCUGGCCGAAAAGAAACAAGGCGUAUGUAUAAUACAUACAUGAAUAUUUUCAUCAGCUCAAGUUAACAAUUCAAGUUACUGACAGGAAUAAGCUGGGUUUAUG